AUGAGCCGAGAACUGCAGGCCCCCUUUCUGCUCCAGCCAGCAGAUCACUCCAGUAGUCUCCAGAUCCGGCCACCUUCCUGGAACCCCUCUCCGGCCGCUCCAACACCAGCAGCAGCAAAGAGGUUCUCCUCUGCUCUAGUUACAGCUGCAGCAGGUUCACGGCUUGCUCCACCGCCCUUGCUCCAACCAGAUCACCGACCACCUCAGAACCAACCCCGGCGAGCACCAUUCUGCAACCGCCGGAGACCCAGCUACCUCACCAUCACCAUCGUCUCCGGCCACCCUCAGGUCGCUGCACCACCAUCCACAGCUGCAGAGAAUCUCCAUUCUCACGAGCAUACAACAACAGAUCCGAACAACACAGCAGCCCACUGCUUCCACUGCUGCCGUGAGCCACCUCCUGCAGCCGCACAGCCCACGAACCAGAGUCCUCCGGCGACGGCCACCCUCACCUCAUGCACAGGGAACCGCUGGCAACAGCCGCUACACCUUCAAGACCCAGCAGGCAGCCACCACAGCAGUCGUCUUCGGGAGCCACCGCCGAACCUCAUAACCGCCCAGCCCCGAGAACUGCAGGCCCCCUUUCUGCUCCAGCCAGCAGAUCACUCCAGUAGUCUCCAGAUCCGGCCACCUUCCUGGAACCCCUCUCCGGCCGCUCCAACACCAGCAGCAGCAAAGAGGUUCUCCCCUACUCUAGUUACAGCUGCAGCAGGUUCACGGCUUGCUCCACCGCCCUUGCUCCAACCAGAUCACCGACCACCUCAGAACCAACCCCGGCGAGCACCAUUCUGCAACCGCCGGAGACCCAGCUACCUCACCAUCACCAUCGUCUCCGGCCACCCUCAGGUCGCUGCACCACCAUCCACAGCUGCAGAGAAUCUCCAUUCUUACGAGCAUACAACAACAGAUCCGAACAACACAGCAGCCCGUUGCUUCCACUGCUGCCGUGAGCCACCUCCUGCAGCCGCACAGCCCACGAACCAGAGUCCUCCGGCGACGGCCACCCUCACCUCAUGCACAGGGAACCGCUGGCAACAGCCGCUACACCUUCAAGACCCAGCAGGCAGCCACCACAGCAGUCGUCUUCGGGAGCCACCGCCGAACCUCACAACCACCCAGCCGUGA